AUGAACACCUUGACGCAGAAUAUCAGUCCGAAUCAGUCCAACCUAUUGCGGCUGCAGGAAAGCACAACCGCAUCGUCCUUAGUCCUAGACUCACCGACUUCGUCGAAAUCGUCCCCCACGACAGUUGUACUAGCAGCCAGCGGGGGUGACAAUCGAACAAACGGCAGCACGCUGGUAGUCGGUAACAACAGUGCCGACGAGGCCCAGGCAAAUGACUUUCUAUCCACCUCACUGUCCUCACCGGCAUCGGCGGCCUAUCUCCUGCAGCAUCACCAUCACCACCUUCAUCAUCAUCAUCACGGUCAACAUCAGCAACAGCUAAUACAACAACAUCAGCAGCAGCAGCAGCAGCAGCAGCAGCAACUGCAACAGCAGGACCAUGUCCACAGUCAUCUCACUAUCAAGGGCCAUCACCAUCAUCACCAUGGGAACGGAAAUACCAACGGCAGCACUGCCACCGGCACCAGUACUACCAGCAGCAGUAGUAAACGAAGCAUAGCUUCUCCGCCUCCAUCGGCGUCCGGAACCAGCGCCACCACGUCAUCCUCGUCCUCUACGGCAUCGGCGUCGGUCACCACGCUGUCCCAUGUGAACCCUUUUCACCACAGCGCAUCGUCAGCGCUGCACAAUGAUUACUAUUCCGAGUACCGUCUGGGGACCGAAUAUCGAUUAAACUCGCACCAUCAUCAUCCGCACCCGCGGGAUCUCUGGACGGCGGCUGCGGCCGUUGCCACUCAUGAUGGCAUUCUGGACGAGAGCUGUGAUAGCUAUGGCUUAAGGCAUUCCGGUAAAACCCUCAGAAACGAACGCUCGGCAUUCUUCGAUUUCGCGACAACCCCUUCGACGCACCCGGUAGCGGCCGCCGCCUACUGCUAUCGGCUGUCAACUCCACCCCAGCUAGUGAAACGCGAACCAAGCGACGUAACAGCAUGGCACACCUACUCAGAGCGCAUGUUCACCGACCCAUUGUACACCUCUCUGAAACUCCAAAGCCAGCAGUCCUCAUCGCCUCAGUUAGCGCAGCACUCAAUCUUCCCGGAUUCCACGUCCCAUCUGUCUUCGACCCUGGAUCACGCGCCUUGUCUCCCUGCUGCUCACUCUGCCGACACCGCUGAAAGCUUCCUACACCAGGGAUACGCUUACCGACAACCGUCCGAUAUUGUUACCUCAUCCGAGCCGGACUACUGCUCCACGGCCGGUGGAUCCUCUGCCCUAACGAGUAUAACCACGACAAACCCAUCCCCGUUGAACUCCCUACCCGGACCUAACGGACCGCUUCACCAACGUCGAGGGUCUCUUCAGCUGUGGCAGUUUCUCGUGGCCCUCCUGGAUGAACCUGCGUCCAGUGCCGGUUGCAUUGCCUGGACCGGACGUGGAAUGGAAUUCAAACUAGUCGAACCAGAAGAGGUUGCCCGCCGAUGGGGUAUCCAGAAGAACCGUCCCGCCAUGAACUACGACAAGCUAUCCCGAAGUCUACGAUAUUACUACGAAAAAGGAAUCAUGCAGAAGGUCGCCGGUGAGCGGUACGUCUACAAAUUUGUCUGCGACCCGGAAGCUCUCUUCAACAUGGCGUACGGAACGACCACUGCCAGUGGAACAGGCUGCGGGUCAACACUGGACGGGUCGCUACAUUCACACCACCACCAUCACCAUCAUCAACAACAGCAAGGAAGUUCCUCGUCGCCAAAUUGCCAGGGUGGACAAUCCGCACUUGGAGACGGAGGUGAUGAAGCGGAACGUGGCUCAUACUUUACAACCGGCUCAUCAACGUACAAUCACGGAAACUGA